GUUAGAGAAUUCAACAUUCAUCAACAUCAAAUCACUGCCACCAUGAUCAUAAUUAAUUCUUCUUUCUCAACAUCUACCCUUAUUUCAACUUCUAAUACUUUCCAUAACUUUUGUUCUGUGAGAUCAAG